UCGCUCCAUGACAUUUAGUACGAUAUUAUUAAACCUGUUUAAAGUGUGCUAUCUGAUGUUAUUAUUUACAUUUAUGAAAUAAAACAAAAUGGUUAUCGCUAUAAACAAUUAUUUGGUGACUAUUUUCGUUCAGUGCGACGCCUCAUGAUUGAGUAGGACUCGAACAAAUAAACUGUUGGUAGUGCAUCUUAUAAAAUUAAAUAUUAAUCAAAAUGUGUGUUAAAAUCUUAUAAUUAUUCUUUAGACUGGUUUUUAAUACUAUACUCCUAAAUAAUAAUUAAUCUUUACAACAACAAAAAAUUUAAAUUUAACUUUUUAAUUCAAGUAUUCUCGAGAGAUAUUCCCUAGGCAGUGCAUUCAAUAAAAAAAACAUUUGCUUUUUUCUGUUGUGAAUUGGACCAAGAAAGCUUUUAAAGCGUAUCGUAAAUAAGUUGUAAAUAAAAUUAAUUACCCUAACGUAAAUGUUUAUAACGUGCUGAGAUGAAUGAAGUGUUUAUAGAUGCAGGGUCGCGGCUGCGGUAAAAUUUGCGGCGAUAUAAAAAACCAUAAGUGCACCACAGGCAUAAAAACUAAAAUUCCUUGUUCAGUUAAUGCUAAUAAAAAUAUAAUGUAAAGGAUGGACAGUUUUCGAGAAGCGUGAUAUUUUAUUUGUGUUUAUGCGAUAUUUUUAAAUGAAAAUGGUUACGAUGAAUUCAUCGGAGAAGGUGGCACAGAAGGCGUGUCAGCAGGGAACGUCCAGAGACAGUUCGAAAUGCUCGAAAGAAGAGAAGGAGAAAGAGAAAGAGAAGGAGAAGAAGGAGAACGUGAUAUCGAACCUUCCGCCUAACGUUCAGGCGCUGAUAGCAACCAUACCCUCGCCAGAAGACUCGCCUAACUACCUCAUAUAUAAGAAGAUGGAAGCCUUGAUAGAAAAAAUGCAAGACGAGGUGACCGGAGUGCAGGUCAGAACUGUGAAGAGUUUCAUGAGCAAGAUACCGUCAGUGUUCACAGGGUCGGAGCUGGUGUCGUGGCUGUCGCGGCACCUGCAGCUGGAGGAGUCAUGGGAGGCACUCCACCUGGCACACCUGCUCGCGGCCCACGGAUACCUCUUCCCCAUCGAUGACCACUGUCUCACUGUCAAGAAUGACAACACUUAUUAUAGGUUCCAAACGCCAUAUUUUUGGCCAUCCAACCAAUGGGAGCCGGAAAAUACUGACUACGCGGUGUACCUGUGCAAGCGCACGAUGCAGAACAAAGCUCGUUUAGAGCUGGCGGAUUACGAGGCGGAAUCCCUCGCGAGACUACAGAAGAUGUUCAGCAGGAAGUGGGAGUUCAUAUUCAUGCAGGCGGAAGCUCAGAGCAAGGUUGGACAAAAACGCGAUAAAUUGGAAAGGAAAGUGCUCGACAGUCAGGAGAGAGCGUUUUGGGACGUACACCGACCUAUGCCCGGGUGCGUGAACACAACAGAACUGGACCCUCGGAAGUUGUCGCGCAUAAACGCGUUAAAAGAGAAACGGAAGAAGCAAUGCCAGGAGUUGAUACAGCAGCAUAAUUUAAAGAACAACCCGAUAGUAACAAUAACGAACCCACAAGAGAGCGAGGAGGAGAUACAGAAGAAGAACGCAGAAGUAGCCAUCAAGGAGAAUGGCGAGCCCUCGCAGCCGGCCGGCAGCCCCGCGCGGGGGCCGGCGCCGCUGUCGCAGCAGAUCGAGUCGGCGCGGCGCCAGCUCGCCAUGCUGCGCGCGCGCAUGGAGCGCCGCAACGUGCGCGUCAGCAAGGUCGCGGACAUGUUCAUAGCAUACUGCGAGCAGUACGCGGAGUACGACGCGUUCCUGACGCCUCCAGAGUGGCCCAACCCCUGGAUCAACGACACCACAGAGCUCUGGGACCAGGAGAAGCAGUCCAAGGAGCCGCUGCCGCCGCGGCGCGUGCGGCGCUGGGCGUUCGGCCUGCGCGAGCUGCUGCGCGACGCCGCCGGCCGCGAACACUUCGCCAGGUUCCUCUCCAAGGAGUUCAGCGGCGAGAACCUCAAGUUCUGGCUGGCGGUGCAGGAGCUGAAGUCGUUGCCGAUCCGCCGCGUGGCGGCGCGCGCCUCCGAGAUAUGGAAGGAGUUCCUCUCCUCCGACGCGCCCUCGCCCGUCAACGUCGACGCCGCCAGCAGGGAAUUGACUCGGGUGAAGGUGGAGUCUGGCAUGCCGGAUAGAUACUGCUUCGACCAGGCGCAGGCGCACGUGUACCAUCUGAUGAAGUCGGAUAGCUACUCGCGAUACCUGAGGUCCGACAUGUACAAGGAGUACCUCAACGGGUCCAAGAAAAAGACAUCAGUAAAGGGCAUUCGGUCGAUCGUGUCGUUUACCGGACGUAAGGAGACGUCGUCGAACUAAACGCGGACGUCUGAUGACGUCGGUCAUUUUAUGAAGACGCGGCCCACUACUUUUAGAGAGGGGGUCUAGCGAGGAAACAGAAUUGAUCCAAGCCCAGGCUUCGAAUAUAUAUCGUGGUGUGAAUGCACUUAUGCUGCUCACACUCCAAGCUAUUAGGGAAAGAAGUGAAGCGCGUUUUCGUCGAUGACAUAAUAUAUACAUACCUACCUAUUUAUUAAACAAACUAUUUGUUGAUAGGAAAACCGUUACAAACUCGUUCGAUUUUCAAAUUUAAAUAGGUGCCAUUAAGAUAUACUUAUUUAUUAAACAAACUUUUUUUGAUAAGAAAAACGUUACAUUCGAUUUUCAAAUUGAAAUAAGUUCAAUAACACAACAGCUUCGUGUAUUGUUAAAAAUGGCCGAUAAACUAAAAUGCACAGCCAAUGUGUUAUUCGUUCCGUAUAAAUGUAUCUUCGUGUAAUUAGUGUAUGUAUAUAGAAUAAAUGGAGAUAAAUGGAUGACAUAAU